AGUGGGAGAUCCCUCACAUCCACGACACACGCUGAGGCCUCGAGGCGCUCUAUAAAAAGAGCGGAGAGCACCUCUGAGCAGAGAGGUACGGCGCGGGAGUCGCAGCGCUCGAGGAAAAAAAAAGUCAGGAGGCAAAACACUGCCCAAAAAAGGGAACAAAAGCAGCUGCGCAACAGAUUGGAGCAUGGAGGGUCCGUGUUGGUUGUCGGUGGUGAUGGUGGCGUUUGUGUCCAUCCCCGCUUUGGGAUCGGAGUGUACCGUUUGCGUGAGACUCAACAAGGGGAGGCUGCUGGACUGCCUGGAACUCUGCAAACCACCGAGCCAGACGCCUCGUCCGGAUCUGGUCGCGUCGGUCCUCAACGCCAGCGAGGAAAACGAACUCUUUCCCGCCAGAGUCGACAGGACCGAGCCUAAAGUCAAUGCCGAUAGACGGCGCUCUUACCUGAUGGAGCACUUCCGCUGGAGUAAACCCUACCGGAACAAGACACAGGAACCCAGGGCGGGUUCUCGCGACGCUAAGAGAGGCUACUCCAUGGAGCACUUCCGUUGGGGUAAACCGCCCGGCAACAUAACACCCGGACCCAAACUGGGCCAGAAAGGCUCCAAGAGAAGCCCCUACGCCAUGGAGCAUUUCCGAUGGGGUAAACCAACGGGGCGCAAACGCAAACCGGUGAAAACCUUCACCUUCCCGGACAACGGCGCUUCCACGGAGGCUAUUUUCCACUCUCAGCCUCGUAGGCAACGGAACGGCAGGGAGGACGCCAAUCAGAUCUCGACCAGGCGGCAGGAGAGGAAGCUCCGUCUCCGUCCCCGUAACGCCGACGUGGUGAAAUCCACGACCAAUAACCCUCAGGGAACAAUAGCCGGAAUCUUCAGGGACAUUCUUCUGAAGGAUGUCCAGAGGAUAAUGGGUUGAGUUCGGAGUCGGACUUUUGCAUGUUGCUACCAAAACCUAUUCAGUUUUUGUUAUACGCAUGUAAAGUACCGUACUAUUCCUUGAUGUAAAUGUUUUUAUCGGGCGAAUGCGAUUGUUUAAACUGAUGGUCUCAAACCGAACGUAGACAAUCAGUCUCGGAACGAUUAGUAGAGUAGUAGGUGUGGGAAUGUUUCUGUUUGCCUCGAUUUGCGAUACAUGGCUCAUGAUUAUCUGACGAUAUAGCGAUACACGAGUCAGGAAUUCUAUCUACUGUAUGAAAAAAAUAAA